CCGUCAGUCCGACCUUCAUUUCAUCACCCGGCCAGGCAGAGUAUCUAACUAGAGGUGGUUAAUAAUAAAGCUAGCUUGUUAGCUAGCCAGGACAGUAUCGAUAAUUGGUUCUUAACGUCGUCAUUACUAAACAGUCAAGUAUCUAACGGCUUUUCUUUUCUUUAAGAACUCUACAUAGGGCGGCUAGUGCGCUAGCCUGCCAGGCGAUUUUCGUUUAGGUUUUGACUUCGCUCGAGCCGAAAAGGCGGAAUGGCAUUUUAAGGCAUUAUGCGGCAACACUAAUGCGUCGGCAUGCACCAGGCAAAGAAAAACGGUUUGCGAAACUCCAUCUUCACGACUGCCAAGCAGUUGGGCUCCAAUACCGUCCGCGGUAUAGCGGUGAGCCAGCCGAUACCUCUCCUCCUUGACCGAAGGAAGCUAACGCUAGGGAGUUAGCUGGCUAGCUUUUGAGCCAGCCAGCUAGAGCUAGCUGUUUUACGUCGAGUUAUUCCACCAGUUAUUGUGAACGUCAGUUAUUGUGAACGACCAGAGAAGGUUUCUAAUCUCUCGUAAUGAAGCCUCAAGACAUAGUCGCUGGCAAAAACAGCCUCUGGAUUUUCGGGUACGGUUCGCUGGUUUGGAAACCCGAUUUCAAGUACAGGAGGAGCAAGGUCGGGUAUAUUCAGGGCUAUAAAAGACGCUUCUGGCACGGGGAUAACUUCCAUCGUGGAAAUGAUGAAACGCCCGGAAGAGUGGUGACGCUCAUUGAGGAGGAAGACGCCUGCACCUGGGGUGUAGCCUUUGAGGUGACUGGUCCUCAAGUACAAGAAUCUCUCAAGUACCUGAAUGUCAGGGAGGCGGUGCAUGGAGGCUAUGUUACACGAGUUGUCGAUUUCAUGCCACGCGAUGAGAACCAGGUGCCCGUCCAGGCCCUGGUUUACAUCGCUACAGCUGACAACCCGAUUUACCUCGGGCCUGCCAGUGUGGAGGAGAUCGCUGCCCAGAUAUCUGUGUCCAAGGGGAAGACGGGCCACAACAUGGAGUACCUGCUUCGCCUGGCUGACUUCAUGAGGCAGAGCUGCCCAGAUGUGGAUGACCCCCACCUGUUCUCCAUCGAAGGAGCUUGCCUGGCCAUCAUUAGGCCCAUACUGUUGGUGGCUCCGCUACCUGUACCUGCUCUGUAAAGCUUGGAACAGGCUGCCAACAUUCGGUCUGACUCAAUAACAUGCUUCUGUGUUUAUGCUGAUUGCAUCCCAUGCACUACAAAUGCAUUAAUGUGUCUUACUGUACUAAGAGAAAAGUGAGGUCCUUUUUUAAUUUUUGUAACUAGUGUGCUGUUCACUGUCCAUGUUUCUUAGGUCUCUACUACAUAAGAUGUCUAUGGAGCAAGAUAAAAGGAUCUGUUGCAUAAAAAAAAGAUCUUGAGAAUCUGCAUAAUUCCAUUGCAUGCAUAGUGAGUUGGCAACAGAUUUCUUAAUGCGGUUCUCAUUUGAUUUGCACUCCAAAGAUGACUCGGCCAUCCUAAUCUGUUAAAUUCCCUUUGAGUCCUUUGUUGUAAAAGGUUCCUUAGUUGUCACUCAAUGGUGUCCUUAAAUAAAAUAUGUAAAUGAUAA